AUGGACGAUCAGAUCGAUUGGGCGAGUUUCCAGAUGGAGUUAAAGGCGACAGCAGGUCAUAUUGACAAGGAGUAUGAGGUACAACAGUCAUUCUACAAUCGUCUGAGAAAGAAAGACGCUCAUGAGCCAUUUUUCAAAGCAAUUUCACAGCGAAUACAAACGGCACAGAAUCGUCUGAAAAGCGAUAUGAUGUCGUGUAAUGAAAGCAAACCGAAAGGAGGCAAGUCACCAUCAGCUAGCGGCAGUAGACGAUCAUCUACCGCGCUCACGCCAGUAUCACCAGACCAUGGAAGUGGCCCUGGAGGGCUUUUCUCCGCAAACCACAUCAGGCAUCCGUCACUGUCCGAGAUUUCCAAUCAUUCACACGAUAUGACCAGUGUGCCUGACUUGUCGCCGUAUCAAGAUGAAGAU